UCUCCAUUGGAACACAACGGCUGAUGUAAUGCAAUCGUUUAAUUGCCACCUUUGACCACUUUGCGUGCUUUUCAUUAAGAGCCCUGUUGUGAAGUUGGCCCAGUUGCUGAGAUUCCAACCUUCAACUUGGCACAGUCCAACGUCUAGGGUCAUACUUUACAACGGGGCGAAGGUUUCUCGAGAGCGAAUGGGAUAAAUAAGUGUGCCUUUGCAAAGUGUUAAAGUAUCCAGCGUCUCUUUGCAAGAAUUUUGUAGCGUUUAAUGGAAUGAAAAUGAUUAUUUACGGGAAAGAAAAGGAAAUAAUAAAGGCUCAAAAGCGGUCUCUGGCAGCUUGGAUAAAUAACACUCUGGGUGCUACUCUGGUGGAUACUGACAACUUGAUUCAGAAACUUUCAACGGGAGUCAUUUUGUGCAAACUGGCAAAGUGCAUUCAGAAAAAAGCCGACGAAGUAAGAGGAUGUUAUGGAAGCAAAAGCGAACGAGUCUUGCAACUGAAGUAUUGGGAAAGUGCCAAACGAGAGACAUUUUUCGCCAGAGACAACGCUGAAAUGUUUAUCCGUUGGUGCAAAAGUUUUGGAGUUAGAGACGCUGUUCUUUUCGAAUCCGACGGACUGGUUCUUCAGACACAGCCUCGUACUGUGAUCCUCUGCCUGUUAGAACUGUCCCGUCUGGCUUCCAAAUACGGAAUUCUGCUUCCUCCACCCAUCCAGGUUCCCGAGACAGCAACCUUGGCUUUAGAGGAAGAGGACAUCUCAGAAUGUUCAGGAGACGAAUUUUUCUACGCCACCACUAUCCCGUCUCCAACUAAAUUCCAACGCUGGGAUUCGGGGUGCUCCAGCGGACCCAGGAGUCCUUCCCCGAAUUCGAUUUACUCCAAGAACUCCUCUCCCAACUCUUCCCUGAAACGCAGUGGAAUUCCUCUCAGGAAGAAGGACAAGAACGUGGUGGUUGUUGUCAGAAGUCGAUCUGAAAACCACCUGCAGGAUGAGCCCAGUCAGAAGAUGACCUUGCCACGGAUUUCGUCUCCACCGAUGAGACGAAGUUUGUCGUCGGUGAGGUCGGAUACAAUCAGCAGUCGAAUGAGAUCCAAUUCGAACCUCUACAGAAGCUCUUCAUCCAUUGCAUCUUCGAAGAGCAUAGUGGAAAAGUCGGAGAAUCGACCCUCGGAUUAUGUUCCCAUAAUGCUACAGAGAAAGAGAUCUACCCUUGACAAAAGGGUAUUGGAGAUAGCAAAGAAAUAUCUUAAAGACGAGAGUAAAAUACAUCGUGUAUCCGAAGGUCAUUACAACUUCAGUGGCAAAAAUGUUUAUCUCAGAAUCGUUCGAGGAAGUAAUGUGGUUGUGCGCUUAGGAGGAGGCUGGGACACACUGGAACACUUUUUGACGACUUUGGAUUUCAAGAAACCGUCUGUUUACUACAAGCAACCCAAGAAGCAUGAGAAACAAAAGGAGUUUCAUUCAGUUAAAAUUUCACCUUACUGAACAUUAAGAUUUAUCUAAAUGAAAAAGAUAUGAUUUCUUUAUGUCUUUGAUAUCCUUGACAAUCCUUUGAUAUCCAUUUUGAUUUGAUAUGAUAGCAAUUUCAUAUGUUGCUAUGACAACUGUUUAUAUAUAUUUUAAUAAAAAAAAGUAUUGGAAUUCAAA